AAAUGUUGUAAUUGUUUUAAAUAUUGCAUUAUUUUUUUUACUGUUAAGUUUAUUAUUGUUGAAUAUUGAAAAAAACACGCAUAUUUAUUUUAAUGAAUCAACGUGGAAUCAACACUUGUGGAUCUCUUUGAACGUGUCGCUAGUGAUGACUUGAUUGAGCGGCAAAUCUCAAAAUGAAACCAAAAAAAUAUCGUAGUCCAAGGCUACCUACCUAUUGUUUCAAUCACAUUAACGGAAAUGUUUAUAAACUUUCAUAACUACUACUUCAUUAGGCAGUAAGUAAUUAAUAGCAGCAGUCAUUAAUUUGAAUCGGGAAGCAACAGAUACUUUUACUAAUGUUUACGUUGUGGUUUAUAAUAAUAUUUUUAAAUUAUUUACCAAUACAUUUUGCACGUUCGGUAGACAGUGAUGUAGAAUACUUGCCGCAUUAUGUUUCCGAUUUAGCUGUAAAUUCAGAUCUUGAGCAACAGUUGAAGAAAAAGCUUGCUCAGAAAAAGAAAAGGGAAGAAAGACUUCAUAAGUUAAACGAACAUAUAGCUAAGGACACUGAAUAUUUUGAGGAAAUACCACAUUUUGCAGUAAACAGUUUUAAGGGUAUAAGGGGCAAGAAAGCACGUAUUGAAAAUGCUUUCAUUAAAAUUGUAGGUAUGGUUGGUGUCAAGUACACGUACAAAAGGGACUUAGACUGGAGGACAUGGAGAGAAGUAACUUAUCCCAAGAAAAAAAAGGAAGUAAUAUGUUACAGGUGUCAAAAUAUUGUAAAUUUAGCUGAAAGUAAUUGUACCAACUGCAAUAUAGGAGGAUAUUGGGUAAUUGAGGAUAACCAGCCACGAUGUUCCUAUGAAAUACUUUUCUUCAAAAAUAGUAAAGAGUUGUGUAUUGCACAUUUUUGGCAAUUAAAUAAAGCGAAUUCAAACUCCUGCCCAGUUGUGAUUCCCUUAGAUGAAAUAUAUAGUUGUGGAGUGCCAAUGAUAACAAAAUAUGUAGUCAAUCCGGAUUACUCGAAAAACGUUUCUGAACGUACUUUACCCGCCAUUUGUCAAACGCGGGAAAGGUGCGAAUUUUCAACUGUUUAUGCUGUAACCCCAGAAAGCAUAGUAUUCAGAAUUGUAAAUACAACAAACAACAUAAUCUACUCUAGAAUCAUGAAAAAGAACAGAAAAAAAUACGUGUGCGUCGAUAACUGUGGCAUAUUUAAUUUCGACACUAUGAGUGCUAUAAGAAAAGAGGAUCACUUAGUUUUAAACCUUUUAAAUUCGAAUAAAAAGAAACGUGACAACCCUAGGCCUAAAUACAACAAAAAUACGCGUCAAAAAUUUAAAAGUGUUAACUUGAAAUUAAAUAACGGCGCGUUCAAUAAAAAUGAUUUAUUAGAAUACAAUAAUAACUAUAAUUCAGAACAAUUUCUACUGGAAAGAGGACCGAGUACGACAGUCAAUCCAUCAAUGUGUAAACAAAUACUUUUAAAAGAACUUUACCGUGAUUUGAACGAAGAAAAUUUUACGUAAGAAGUGUACGUUGUAAUUUUCCCCAAGAAUAUUCUAAGUAUAGUCUCAUAGUCUGGCGAGCCAUUUCUGUCAGUAGUAAGUCGGCAAAUUUGAAAGAUAUUGGCGCGACGAAGGAUUGUUCACUAAUGGAAAAUUUGAAUUUUGCUUCUUUUUCAACUGACCAAAUAGGUUAGUCAGACUUGCACAAUUAUGACAAUACAAACAUAUAUAUAUAUAUAUAUGAAUUUUAGAUUUGUCAAUAUUGUGCUUGAUUUCUCUAUCAACAUUUCAAUAAUAAAACAUAAUACAACC